AAAUUAAUUGCAGCUACAGCAAUGGUACCUGUGCAUAGAUGGCUGUUGUUGGCAUGCUACAAAGGUCACCCUGUGAGUUGGGUCACUCAGAGACGGCGUCUUUCUGCUUUGAACUCAAUGUAGCACACAGCAUCGAUUACUUUGAAUGACCUUCAACCAAGUCAACCUGACGGUAGAGAGUGGAAUAAAUGUGCAGAAACACAUUACAGUUUCUGACAGCAGAUACUGUGCAAGAGGUUUUGAUAUUUAAUUCUUUACCAACUAAUACCAGGAUGAAUAAAGAUAUGAAGAAUGUAUCACAUAGCUUCCAUAUGGCAGAGCAGAUCCUGACUGAGUUUGAUCUACACAGAGAGGAAUUAGAGGAACUGAUGCACAGAUUGCAACAGGAGAUGGAAAAAGGUUUGAGGCUGGAAAGUCAUGAAGAUGCCAGUGUAAAGAUGUUGCCAACAUAUGUCCGCUCCACACCAGAUGGAUCAGAAGUGGGAGAUUUUCUGGCCCUGGACCUUGGAGGCACAAACUUUCGUGUAAUGUUAGCAAAAGUGGGUGAAGAUGAUCAUGGACGCUGGAAAGUGGAUACAAAUCACCAAAUGUACUCUAUCCAUGAAGACAUCAUGACUGGUACUGCAGAAAUGCUGUUUGACUACAUCGCUGAAUGUAUUUCAGACUUCCUGGAUCGACACAGUAUGAAGCACAAGAAGUUGCCACUGGGGUUCACGUUCUCCUUUCCUGUCAGACAUGAGGACAUUGACAAGGGUAUCCUUCUGAACUGGACAAAAGGAUUCAAAGCCUCAGGAGCAGAAGGAAACAACAUUGUUGGACUGCUUCGAGAUGCCAUCAAGAGAAGAGGAGAUUUUGAAAUGGAUGUGGUUGCCAUGGUAAAUGACACUGUUGCUACAAUGAUUUCCUGCUACUAUGAGGACCACAGGUGUGAGGUUGGAAUGAUUGUUGGGACAGGAUGCAAUGCUUGCUACAUGGAAGAGAUGGAAAAUGUGGAGCUGGUAGAAGGCGAGGAAGGUCGAAUGUGCAUCAACACAGAGUGGGGCGCCUUUGGAGACACAGGAGAGCUUGAGGAUUUUCGGCUAGAAUAUGAUCGUGUUGUAGAUGAGAACUCCUUGAAUCCUGGCCAGCAAUUAUAUGAGAAAAUUAUCGGGGGCAAGUAUCUAGGUGAGCUGGUACGACUGGUACUCUUGAAACUGGUGAAUGAGAACCUCGUGUUUAAUGGAGAAGCAUCAGAAAUGCUAAAGACUAGAGGAAGUUUUGAGACCAGAUUUGUUUCUCAGAUUGAAAGUGAUUCUGGCAAUAUGAAGCAGACCUACAAUAUCUUGACUGGGCUAGGGCUCUCAGCAUCGGAAAUGGACUGCAGAAUUGUGCAUAUGGCAUGUGAGAGGGUUACAACUCGUGCUGCAAGGAUGUGUGCUUCAGGGCUAGCAGCAGUUAUCAAUCGCAUGCGAGAAAACCGGGCAGAGCAGACUCUGAUAAUCACAGUUGGCAUUGAUGGUUCUGUCUACAAAUUACAUCCAAGCUUUAAACACAAGUUUCAUGCUGCAGUGAGAGAACUGACCCCACGCUGUGAUAUUACCUUCAUUCAGUCAGAAGAAGGCAGUGGAAGAGGAGCUGCCCUCGUCUCAGCUGUGGCAUACAAGAUGUCUUUCCUGAUUGGCCAGUGAAUGUUAGCGAAACUGGAAGAAGAAUGCCAUAUGUGAGAAGGCUGCUCCAGGCACACUUCCGCUUUUGCUGGAAAAGUCACAAGAAGCAAGCCUUUCUGCAAUGGGUUGCAUCCAGGACUGAAGCCAAUGUAUACUUUUUCCAUGGGUUGUAUAUUGUUAUGUCUGUCAUAAUGUGCACAAAGCACAAACAAUGCAGUAUUCUGUUCAAAACUGUAAAGUCGCAGUAUCAGCUGAACAUUGCAGAAAAAAAUAAUGCAGUGCCAAGAUCAACAUACAUACCUCAGACUAGUGAUCACUUUGCCAGAAGAGAGCUUUUCUAUCAUAAUCAUAAUUCAUUUCAGAACUUUGUAAAUAUGUUAAUAUGCAAACGUGUCAGAAAGUUUUCUUUUCUGUAUUUUUUUUUCUUUUCAUGUUGUUCUGCAGCCCCUACAUUUUAUUUGAAAAUUAAAGUUUAUCUAAGUUAUUUAAGAGCAACUACAGCUGAAGCAGGCUGUUUUGAAACCAGGGUUAUUCCCAGGAUUUUUGGAUUUGUAUACUAACUUCCAGACUGCUGCUCCUACUUCCUUCCCAGACAUUAUAAGUGCCUUUUUUCUGAUAUGGUAUUAAAACUGUAGUAUAUAUACUAACUGUAACACAUUAAAAGCCUUUAUGCUGAUAGCCACCAA